CCACGAUCUUCAGUACUUCAGUAUUCAGUCGUGUCGCCCGCUCUAAAGCCCCCCACAACGCUCCCAAUCACCACAUGACUUUCUUCUAAAACACCAAAACAGCCAUUUUGUGCAUUUUCUGUCAACUGACGUGGGCAAUUGGUGCAUCCGAUCGUCUUUGUUGGGUCCUUGGGAUCAGUAUCGAGAGUAUCGAGCACACCAAGAGACUAUUUACACGUGUUGAACGCGAAUUUCUACGGCUUCCUUCGUGUCGGUUAACUAUAUCUGGUUAAAAAUCCUCCUCAUCCUGUCCAAUCUCAAUCUAUACGAGGUCAUAUUCGCUACCUCCUUGCUGCGUUCAAUAUCAAUGUCCACGAGCCAACCACGAGACCUCGAUAAAAAGAUCGAAGAUUAUGUAUUUAUAAUCCCAGGUUGUCCUAGAACUGCGCAACUCAGCGUGUAUUCGAGGCUUGACAUUCACCCACCAUGUCCCAAGAGGAAGAAUACCAACGUAACUGCUGUGCAGACAAUGUCAACAAGCACUUUUUCUUGACGUCUGUGACGUUCAAGGUUGGUAACGAAAUGUUCCAAAUCCCGAGAUUCCUUUUCCCAACGAGUGAAAAGUUCAUCAGUCGUUACCCCAGCUAUUCAAACGACCGGAACAGUCAGACUGUACUGAAUGAUUGCACUCAAGAGCAAUUCAAAGCGUUUCUGACUGUCGUUCUCCAGCCUUUAAAGUAUAAUUUCCCUUUCAGCCAUCCACUACACGACCCGCUCCAUCUUGACCUAAUUCUCUCUGCCCUCGAGCUUGCCUCAAAAUGGGGGUUCAAAGACACUCACGAUGAUCUCAAGGACAAGGCAAGCUGUUUGAUCCCAACCGCAUACGAGAAAAUCGCUCUGGGAAAGAAAUACAAUAUGUUUUCAUGGUUCCGUGAGGGCCUUGAAGAGCUCGUGGCGAGCGAUGAAGACAUCAGUCUCGAUGAUGCGAAUGUCAUCGGCAUGGGAUUUGCUCUUAGAGUGUAUCACGCCAGGUCCAGGUACACUCGAGAGCGAUCUGUCACGUCUGACAUUCCAGAGAUCGACUCCCUGAAGAAUGCCAUCGAGCAAGUCUUCGCGGCAGAUUUGGAGGACUUCACGACGCUUCCUGAAGACCACGUUGAAGAGAUGCGGAUGCCAGUGCAUGUUGAAGAAGUCUUUCCGCAGGAAGAACCCGUCCCGCUUGCUGGGAACGAUCGCUCCCCCUCAUUCGUGUCAGUGGCUGCGGAACUCAAUAGCUCAACGGUGGUUUGUGACGAACACGAGGUGGAGGUGCUUAACCAUCAUGAUUACUCCACGGAUGGCGAGUACUACACGAGGCCUCCAUCCCUUUCGACGGACGUUGCUGAAGGCUCUUUCUUCGGGGAAGAUUCGUUACUGAGUGAUGCUCCGUCCUUCGAAGGAACGGCGUUGACGGUCGACGAAGGAGUCGUUACUGUCAAACCCAGUGAACGCGACUUAAUUGUUAUCCAGACUACCAUGAUUCAACCCGUUGACGCCACGCCACCAAAGGAUGAAGAUAUCACUACUCCCCGCCCUGCAAUCGAUCCUCACGUGUCGGCAGCCUCUUCAUCUUCAUCAUCUUCAUCUUCAUCAUCUUCACUUCCGCCACCGCCACCUCCUACAUUUCGUGAAAGUAGCGCGCCUGCUGUUCUUAUCCCUGUCGCUCAGUCUCCUGCCGGUGUAUCUCCCGCAAACACGCAGACUUCGGUGGUUAAUAAGCCCCUUGCUACAUCUACUUCACAGCCGGCCACGAAACCCGAACCUGUCAAGAUAACGCCCGCCGCCCCACCCAAAGCUUCUUCGUCCAGCACUACCACCACCAAACAGGCCGCAGUACGCGACGACAUUCUGAUCCGAGACGUCCUUCGCUGCAUUCUCGAUCCCACAUUUCCUAUGCCCAAGCGUGUACCGGCCAAAGUUCCCAAAACUUGCCUUUCCGAGGACUGUGGUCCCUACAUGCGAUGCGACCCUUGCUGCCUUCGAGAAGCCCGCCGUUACCGUUCUCUUGGGUGGUUGCCGAAGGCGUCGACCCCACAUGGACAAGUGUUUUUGGACGCGCACUUGAAUGGUUCGGGAUUGACAACCAUGAGGGAGACGUCUCAAUUUAUACCGAAGCUAUGCAAUAAAUCCGGUAGGAAAUGUGGGGGGCAGAAGAGGUGUAUGGCGUGUUGUCAGGCGGGGGUGAAGGCUAUGAUGAAUAAGGGAGAGAUCGUGUGAGUGGUGCGCCGUGAUAUGGCUCAGUUUCUUUCUGUUACUUGUUUCUUGCUUUGCGCUGGCGUUCGGUGUCGUUCUGCUGUAUGUUCUCUUGCUAUGUCACGCUGCUCAAAUGUUGUCAGACUGUCAUAUUUAUAAUAACAUGUCAUGCAUUCUGUUUUAGUGGGCCC